AUGAGAUUAAAUGCACUCCCUCGGGCUUCGGCCUGGGCUCAAUGUCGAGGGAUCUCGGGUCAAGCGUUGAGAGUUCACAGGCAAUUACCAGCUCGACCCUCUCUUGUUCAUGUUUCAAAAGCCUUGAGGCAACCAUGGCAUAACACUCAGCGAGCUGUUGCGUUCCACGAAGCCAAAUCUCAGUCCUCAACCGUGGCCACACAAGAUCUAGACUCACCCACAGCUACAACAGCACCAGCACCUUACAGACCGCCUGAAACAGGACUACUUUCCAAGCUGCCACCAACUUGGGUCCCCUAUGCUGAGCUCAUCCGACUUGACAAGCCUGCAGGCACCUACUACCUCUUCUUUCCAUGUCUCUUUUCUACACUUAUGGCCGCUCCAAUGGCCAUGCCAAUGGCAAGUCCAGGUUCCGUCAUUGGAACUUCACUCCUUUUCUUCUCCGGAGCUCUUAUCAUGAGAGGAGCUGGAUGUACCAUCAAUGAUCUAUGGGACCGAAACCUCGAUCCACAUGUAUCGCGAACUCGACUCCGACCCAUUGCUCGUGGCGCCAUUACUCCUUUCAAAGGGCUUGUCUUUACCGGAUGUCAACUUCUCACCGGGCUGGGAAUAUUGCUGCAAUUUCCUCUGCCUUGUCUAUUUUACGGUGUCCCUAGCUUGAUUCUGGUGGCUAGCUAUCCUUUGGCGAAAAGAGUCACAUACUACCCUCAAGCAGUCCUUGGCCUAACCUUUUCAUGGGGAGCAAUCAUGGGUUUCCCGGCACUUGGGAUUGACUUGCUAUCACAUACACCUGCCCUGACUGCCGCAGCCUGUCUAUAUGCCUCCAACAUUGCAUGGACAGUGCUGUACGACAUGAUCUAUGCUCACAUGGAUAUCAAGGACGACGUCAAGGCAGGGAUCAAGAGCAUUGCGUUGAAACAUGAUGCCGAGACUAAGCAAGUGCUAACGGGAUUGGCGGCUGCACAGAUCUCACUCCUCGCUGCAGCUGGGUACGCAGCAGGUGUUGGGCCAGCUUUCUUUAUCGGAAGCUGUGGAGGUGCAAUGGUGACGCUUGGCCUUAUGAUCAAGCGAGUCAAUCUCAAAGACGUCAAGGAUUGCUGGUGGUGGUUUAUCAAUGGCUGCUGGAUCACUGGCGGAGUGGUCAGUCUAGGUCUGGGUGCAGACUAUGCUAUUAGAUAUGCCGAAGCAUCCAAGGAAGAUAAUUCAGAGAGCUAA